AUGAGCAAUACGGAAACGGAAACAGAGCCCUUGUUGGACUCGACUUCUCCUGCGCUCAACUGGUCUAGCGCAUAUAUAUUAGUCAUUUCGCGUGUUAUCGGGAGCGGUGUGUUUGCAACCCCGGGGUCAAUCGUCAAGUCGGCCGGAAGUAUCGGAUUGACGUUAUUAUUAUGGCUGGUCGGAACAAUCUUAGCGGCCUGUGGAAUGGCCGUAUCAAUGGAAUUUGGAUGUAUGCUGCCUCGUUCUGGUGGAGACAAGGUAUACUUGGAGUACGCUUAUCCCAGGCCUAAAUUUCUCGCGUCUACCCUCAUCGCUGUACAAGCAGUACUAUUAGGCUUCACAGCUAGCAACAGCAUUAUUUUUGCGAAAUACACACUGUUCGCAUUUAACAUCGAACCGACCGAGUAUCAACACAAGGCACUUGCUGUUGGCCUUCUAACCCUCAUCACCGUUGUGCAUGGCUGCUUCCUCAAAACCGGAAUAUGGAUCCAGAAUAUCCUCGGAUGGGUCAAAAUCUUCCUCAUAAUGGCCAUGUCAUUAACCGGAAUUUGGGUUAUUCUUCUGCGCCCCUACGAUGAAUCGCUCGGUGAAUCCAAUCGUGCGGUCACUAACAACCCUUUCGCAUGGGAUACAUUGUGGGAAGGCUCCAAUUGGAGCUGGAGCUUGAUCUCAACAUCAAUUUUCAAGAUUUUCUAUUCAUAUGCGGGACUGAACAAUGUGAACAAUGUCCUAAAUGAAGUUAAAGACCCGAUCAAGACUGUCAAGACGGUUUGCCCAACAGGGCUUCUGACUGCGGGCGGUCUUUACUUCCUGGCAAACAUAUCCUACUUCCUUGUAGUUCCUCUUGACGAGAUCAAAAACAGUGGUGAACUUGUUGCAGGCCUUCUUUUUGAGCGAUUGUUCGGGGCACAUGUGGGCCGAGUACUUUUCCCGCUGGCCAUUGCCAUUUCUGCGGCCGGAAAUGUGAUGGUGGUGACCUUUGCUCUGGCUCGUGUGAACCAAGAAAUUGCUCGUCAGGGCUUUCUACCGUGGUCGCAUCUUCUGUCCUCGUCGCGACCUUUCAACUCUCCACUUGGAGGACUCCUUGUACACUAUGUACCAUCUAUUCUUGUUAUUUCCCUCCCACCGCAAGGAGAUGUUUACAACUUCAUCUUGGACGUCGAGGGCUAUCCCGGACAGAUCUUUGCCUUAGCAAUAACGGUCGGCCUUCUCAUUGUCCGACGGCGGGAACCAUCCCUUCACCGUCCAUUCAAGGCUUGGAACUGGGCAAUAUGGUUACGUAUCGUGGUCUGUAUUGCUUUGCUGGCAGCUCCUUUCUUCCCUCCACCAGACCGGAAGGGAGAUGUGCAUUUCUUCUAUGCCACGUAUGCUAUUGUUGGCGCUGGGGUGGUUUUAUUUGGUAUCUUGUAUUGGUACACAUGGACAGUUCUACUUCCACGCUGGGGGAAUUAUCAACUGGAAGAGGAGAAGGGCCCCCACCACGUUCAAACCAAACUGUACUUUCUAAAAGAGCUUGAGGACGGUUCUCAUCUCACCCCAAACUAUGUCACACGGCCCGAGACCUACGAACGGCCCUCCGUCGCACUCGACGUCACCGUUCACGACGUAAGCGGUCAUGAGCUGGACUACACACUGGAUAAAAAUGGUUUCCAGUACUACUACCAUGAGAGCCGUGAGAAGGACUUCCUUGACGAUGAGAAAAUUGCAAGGGAAUACUAUCCAGAAACCGAGCAGCUGUUAAAAGACGCAACUGGCGCUUCUCGUGUCUUCAUCUUCGACCAUACUAUUCGCCGUGCACCCAAAGAUGUGCGGGCCACGUCCACGCCACAACGGGGUCCUGUCCAGCGUGUGCACAUCGACCAGUCCUAUGAAGCCGCGAAGAACCGUGUCACUUACCAUCUUCCUGAGGACGGUCCCGAGCUCCUCAAGGGACGUUAUCAGAUCAUCAAUGUUUGGCGGCCUAUCAAGCCGAUUCUGAAAGACCCAUUGGCCGUCGGAGAUGCUCAUACGCUUCCGGAUAGUGACCUCGUGGGCAUCAAGCUUAUCUACCCUAAUCGUGAGGGCGAGACGUACGCGGUUAAGCCCAACCCUGAUGUCAAAUGGUACUAUCGCUACGGGCAGACGCCUGAUUUGGUCACCUUGAUCAAGUGCUUUGACUCCAAGACGGAUGGUCGGGCCCGCAGAGUUCCUCACUCUGCGUUUGUUAACCCAGAGACUGUGAAUGAGGAGUCACGGGAAAGUAUUGAAGUGAGGGCAUUGGUCUUCCAUCCGGAUGAUCAGGAGUAG